AUGCCAUUUCUCGGCACGUGGCCUCAACUCCAGCUCCAGCCCGAGGCCCCGAGGGUGCGGCCUCUUGCCGGAGCUCCAUUCGCGGACAGCGGGUGGUGGCAAACGGCCGAAGCACUCAACACCUCUCGAGAGACCUGGAGCCUUGAGCCGGGGGAUGAGCCGUCCGCACUCAAACUCAAAGCCGCCGCAAGCCGCCCCGAGGGCACGCGGCCUCUUUGGCUGCAAGCGCUGGCGCUGGCUGGGCGACGAUGUGAAAGCAGACCUCAAGGCCAAGCUGGAGGUGUGGGGCGCUGCAGGCGUUGCCGGCGGAGGACAAGUGCAUCGACUGAUCCUGAGAAGGCUGUGGUCCGACUCAAGAAGCGCCACUCGGGAGCUUCAGCCUGGGGCGACCCUCGUGCGGCUGCCACGGAAGAAGUCCGAAAUGCACAGGGGGUGCGCGCCACGAGAUCAACCGGGAGUUUCCAGGGCACCCCUGUGUCAACGUCGCCUCAGCUUCGGGUGACUAAGUCAGGUACGGCAUCCCUUGGCAAUCGCGCGAACUUGCUUGACUUUCCUCCGCAGCCUUUCGAACCUCCAGCAUCGCACGAGAGCUCCACGCACCACAUUCCACAUGCUCCAGACAUCUCAGAAUCUCAGAACAGCACAGAUCCUUUGAAGCGGAAGUCGCAAUUUGGCACUUUCCAUGUCCCGCAGGCGGAGGAGUAUGGGAUGGAGAUCCUGCGGCCGUUGACCACGGACCUGACCGAAGACGUGCUCCGUAGCAUGCCCCAGGCCCCGGUGGACUUCAUGAUCGACUGGCUGCGGGAACGCCUGACGAACCCAGAAAGCCACGGGCCGAUUAUGUCGCUCGUCCGCCGGAAUCAUGUCCUGAAGCAGGAGAUCGCUGAGCUUGAGAGCAUCCUGGCGGCACGUGCAGCAGAGGACACCGGAUCGCCAUCGACAGGACCAUCUGCAGGAUCCUGGGCCGAGCCGAGAGAGCCAGCGCCCGCAGCUCCCGCACUGCGAGAACACUUCGAGAAAUUGUUGAAGGAACAGGACGAGUCACACAAGAAAGCCCUGCAGGAACAGCGAGACUACUAUGAGCACUUGCUGCAGGCCAAGGACGAGGCGCACAAGCGAGACGAGAAGGAAAAGACGGAUGCCCAAGUUGGAAGUGGACAAAUGCAGAAAGAUGCGCAGGCGAGCCUUGUGCAGCGCCUCGCUCUCUUGGAGGAGGAAGUGACACACCUUCGGGCCGAGAAUUCCCAGCUGAAGCAGGAGGUCUCCGAACUCCAGGGCAUGCGGGCAGUGCGUGCGACGCAGGACACCGUAUCGCCGCCGAUGGAAGCAUCUGCAGGAUACCCGGCCGAGCCCAGAGCGGCACCUGCCUCGACUCCGGGCCACGAUUGCGCAGCCCAGGCUGACGCAGAUGAGGUGCAUGAGGAGAUCAAGGGGCUGCCUGAGACGCGGUCGUCGGCCAUGGCGGUGCUCCAGGACGAGAAGGAGCCACACCAACCACAGGAUCCCGUAGCCGCGCCUGCGGAGCUGCAAGCUCACGUCGGCGGGGAGGCAGCAGCUUUGAAUGUGCCCGGAGAGGCGGCACCUGAAGUGAAAGAUCAGGAUCCCGAAGCCGCGCCUGCGGAGCUGCAAGCUCACGUCAGCGGGGAGGCCAAACCCGGAAGUCGGACAACUCAUUCUCUUCGCGAAACGCUGCAUCUGACACUGGCGGCCCAGCCCGCGGUGACCACGGCCCAACAGCAGCUCAGCACCGAAAGUUUCCAUGGCGACAUUAAGGAAGACGCCUCCGUCUGCUGGUUCAGUUUUCCGGGGAAGUACGCCGCGGGCUGGGAUGCGCUGACGAAGCUGUACCGCCACGAGUCGGUCGCCUGCGUCUUCCUGUGCAGCCCCGAGGAUGGUCUGGGCAAGCACGCGCCUGACCCAGAGUGCAAGGACCGCCCAUGCUUUUGCCACAGGAUCUACGGAGAGCGCGACUUCAAGUGCUUCGGGUACUUGUUGGAGUACACAGACGAAACCCGGGAGCAGAAGGAGAAGCACGCCCGGGCCACGAACGCCGUGCUGGUGCACAAGGACGCCACGCCGGAAGAGCGUGCAGAGGCCGAGGCACGAGCCGAGGAAGCAUGGAAUCAAAACGGCCGGCGGGCCUCUUGGGGGUGCGCCUGGUACAAGGCCUGGCUGUCCAAGGUGAAGCAAGCGGUCGAGAAGGGCCAGCGCCUCAAAGCCGUCUUCUUCGAAGGCCAAGCCAACCUGGGCAAGGUAAGCAUGGAGAACCUGUGCAAGCCCGAGACCAAGCUUUGGGAUAACAUCGGAUUGGGAGGUUCACAAAAGUGCGAACUCGUCACAGCCGACUCCAAUGGCUGGAAGUACGACGCCGUGGACGUCGCGGAGUUCCUUCGGGACGAGUUCCCUGUCGGCCGCAUGGUCGAUGCGCUUCAUGGCGACACGUGGCGGAGGUGCAAACUUGUGAAGCAAGCCGGCGCCAACCGGUGGGAAGUCUCCUACAACGACCCGAAGACCACCUUUCAGACCCACAUGCUACGACGUCCCGAGAACGAGAUGGAGACGCUGCUUGACACAGUGGGCCUGGAGCCCCUCAAGGAGGCCUUGGAGAAAGCCUUGCCAGGCGUGGAGGUGCAGUCGUGCCAGCCCAGCAGGUUGCUCACGGGCGCCCCCGCGCUGGGCGUCCAGGUCGCCAUCGCGCAUGUGACGGCCCUGCACACGCUGCGGGACGCGGUGCUCAGUGGCGAGGUGGAGAAGCAGCUGAACUUUGGGCCCUUUGGCUUGCAGAAGAAGUUCCCGGAGUGGCAGCUGCAAGUGGACAAGGCCAGGUUUCUGGAGAUGUACGAAGCCAGCCUUUUGCAGGCAUCAGAGAUGACAGCACACCAAGAGGAGAAGCUCAAGGAGCUUGAGGGCGCGCCGGACGUCCACUUGUGCGCCCCGGCUGGGGCUGGGAAGACCUUCGUUGGCAUCCAGCGGGUGCUGGACGUGCUGAGCGAAAGCCCGUCAACCCGGGUCCUGUACGCAGCCCCGGACUUCCUGGCGGAGAUCAACAAGAUGCUUUCCGGGCUGGUGCUCAUGCACGCACCCUACAGCGCGAAGAUUUCAGCCAGACUGGAAGAUGGUCACAUCCGCUGCCCGCCGCUGCAGAAUGAGGCGGCAGAGCCCUUGGACCUGUUGGUGCUCGAUGAAGCCCACAAGAUCUUCCGUGCGCGCGAGGUGCCCCCUUUUUUGGAGCAGGAGCUCCCCCGGUGCAAGGCGAAGCUGCUGCUGUCCGACGACUCCCAGUCGUCCGAGGUGGACCAGGCCUUUCCGACGGACCUGAAGCGAGUCCGGCUCACGGAGGUGGUGCGGAGCACCAAGAGGAUCGUGGCGGGGGCUGCAGCCUUCCAGCUCCCCCUCGACCGUGGUGAGGUGACCGCGUCCAUUGGGGCAGACGGGCCGCCGCUGAAGGCCUUCAUCUUCAGGCCAGCACUUGAUGAGCUUCAGGAUGCAUGCGACGGCUCUAACAGGGAAGGCUGCAGGACAACUUCGCCCCCCGAAUCCGGCAUGGAUCUCUUCGCGUCCUACGCGCUGCACGUGGUCAAGGCCCUGCGCCACGUGGAGCAAAGCUUCCCGGGAGUCAGCUGGCACCGCCGGGUGGCCAUCCUUGGGCCCGACGACAAGUUCGCAAAAAACCUUGAGACGUCCCUCCAGAAACGCCUUCAGAGCGAGUUGCUUCACCGCCGGGUGCAGCUUGUGUCUUUCCAGGACUCCCUCAGCCGGCUGCCGCCACGGCUCCACGGCCAUCAGCUCCGGAGGCAGGAGAGCACGGAGUGCGUUGUCAUCGACUCCAUCGACAAGGUGGACGGGCUCGAAAUGCUGGUGGUGAUCGCCGUGGCGCUGGAUGCGGCGAUCGAAGGCAGCCAGCAAGAUCUGGAGACGAGGGCGCGGCUCUACCGGGGCCUGACGAGGGCCCAGCUCCUGGCUGUGGUCGUGAACGAGCACGUGCCCGGCGGGUGGUUGGAGUUUUUGGGAAAGGUGAAGUUCAAAAGUACCGGAGCACUGCCCCAACAGGAGACCAGCCCCAAGAACACGCUAGCGGCGCAAAGGACACGGGUGGACAAGUUUGUCGGAGCCACUGCCGGAGCCGAAGACCGGAAGAGCGAGGAAGCCGUCAAGGAGGGCAGCUCUGAGAGGCCGCAGCGGCAUAGAGAGGCCAAGCGGCCCUACGAGGCCAGCACAAACCAGGCAGACUCCACGGUCUGGGACGCGCGGGAAUGCCAGAUGGAGAUCUCGGGCCUGAAGUUCAACCCGCUGGCCAGGGACGAGCGGAGCCUCUCACCCGCACUCAGCACUUUUGAGAUUCUCCAUUUCGUGUACCACGACAGUUUCCGCACCGUGGAGGACGCGGCCGCGGCCCUGCCCGAGCUCAAGGUGCCCUUAGCUGACUUCGUGCGCAGGUUUGCAUGGCUCACGCGCUGCCUUGAUUCUCAGGCGCUCGGGGCGCUGUGCUUGAUUCUGAACCUGAUGAGUACCGGGCUCGGCGUCGGCCCCGGCACUUGCGACUCUGAGGCCCUGUGCAGUGAGGAUGUCGGGGUGCUGGCGUCGGCCUUGCCGCAGCUCCCGAACCUCAGGAAGCUGUACGUCGACCUCGACGAAGUUGGGAUCCGCCCGGGGCUCAGGGGCAUGGGCUGCGAAGAUGUUGCGAGCUUCGUCGUAGCAGAUGGCCGUGACGAGCAUGUCGCAAGCUCCGAGGGCGCGGCCUCUUUGGCGGAAGCCCUGGGCCGGCUGCCGCAGCUCCAGGAGCUGCAGCUGGAUUUGAGAAACAACCAGCUGGGCCCGGAGCCCCGGUCGGGGUUCGGAAUGUAA